CCCAGCAAAGACGAGGCAAAGCUCUACUAUCAUGGGCUGGCCUCACACCCUCGGCUUGUUGCUCGUUCCAGCACCCAAGUCUGGCAAGGACCUCGAAUGUCUGAAUCCAGCGAUGACGACAGCUCUGAUCCUUUGGAUAUAAAGUGGCUUGGGCCACUCAGGAACCCGCUGUUGAAGCGUUUUUGGAAGGGCACGUCGCCUUUGAGAGGCCAAAUUCUGGACGCGGUCAAGACAACCAGCGUGACGGCGAUUGACCUCUUGGGAAUCGAGCUGAACGGCAAAUAUCAGGAUACUCUUAUGAUAUCCGUUGUGUCGGGCACGCUUUCACGGGAGGACGGCCAUCCGAUUGCUAUGCAGUGCAAAACGAUUCUGGAGAAUCACGGCAUUUCCGAUGUGACGUGCGAGAUUCGUGAAUCG